GAUUCAAAGGCUUCGCCCUGUUUUUUUAUCGUCUUUAUACCAACACCUCCACGUGUUAGCCCCACCAGCUAAGUUAGCCGCUGUCAAACUAAAAUCACUUCCUGCCGAGGAGACGUGUCGCGUGUGAACUGAAGUAAACAGGAGCAGUUAGUAAACACAGAGAUUGAAUCCAGCAGUCACAAUGGCAGACAGUGGGAAGACUAAUGAGAGUGGAGCUGCAGCAGCAGAAGCAGCUAAUGGAGACCAGCAGAAUGUUGUUUCCAGAGUGAGCAACUUGACACUGGUCAGUUCGGCUUACGAGGUGGUUUCCAGCGCCUACACAAGCACCAAAGACAGCUCGCCCAUGCUGAAGGGGGUGAUGGAUGCAGCAGAGAGUGGGGCCCGAACCCUGGGUGCAGCUGCCACCACCGGGUCCAAGCCUCUCCGGGACAUUAUAGAACCACAACUUGCCACAGUGAACGAGUAUGCCUUGAAAGGUCUGGAUAAGAUGGAGGAGAAUCUGCCUAUUCUUCACCAACCAGCAGACAAGGUGGUGUCGGACACAGUAGGUAUGGUGUACCAGUCGGUGGCAGGUGCCAAAGACACUGUGAUGGGGGCUAUGAUGGGUGGUUACGAGCUGACCUGGGCGGCAGUCAGCGGAGGUAUCACCAGCGUCAUGGGCACCAGGAUGGGCCAGAUGGUUAGCAGUGGGAUGGGCCUGGCGCUCAGCCGAUCCGAGGACUGGGUUGACCACCACCUGCCAGUCACCGAGAAAGAGCUGGCUGCUAUCGCUGAACCUGCCAACAGUGAGGUAGAGGUGACGACCCCGUCCGACAAACCCUGCUACUUUGUCCGCUUGGGGAAACUUUCUGCCAUGGUCCAGGAGCGAGCCCUGCAGCAUUCCCUGGUCCGUGCGCGGCAUGCCAGGGAUGCCACCUACGCCGCGGUGGCUCAGAUGACCAGUACUAUGGACCUGCUCGAAAGUGCCCGGACCAGUCUGGGUACGGCCAGUCACCAGAUAGGAGGAGCCUCCGAGCAGCUGCUGCAGCGCUGGACAGAGUGGAAGGAGAAGCAGGCUGGAGCUGGACAGACCGACUCCGAGACGGAUGGGACCAAAGAUGAGACUGAGCAGCUGGAAUGGCGGGCCCUCUCCAUGGUGCGUGGUCUAAGUGAGCAGCUGCGAUCAGCAUGCUCCAGUGUGGUUUCAAGUGCUCAGGGUUUGCCAGGUGCCGUCCAGGACCAGUUGACCAGCGCACGACGAUCAGCUGAAGAACUGCACUCCUCCCUGGGGAGCGCCAGCACUCUGACACCUGUCCUCCUGGAGCGGAGCCGUCACCGCCUGACCCAAGUUCAACAGUCUCUGGAUGGCGUCAUGGAGUAUCUGCUGAACAACACACCACUCAACUGGCUGGUGGGGCCCUUUAACCCACUGAUCACUGAGAGGGCUGAGGAAAAGGUGGCGGUGGAGCCUGCUGGCCCAAACAACUAGAUUUCAAGACCUGGUCGUGUUUCUCCUUCACCUUAUAAUCAGUGUGGCGACAGAGGGCCGAGGUUUACUGUGGAUGGACCAUUCAAAGAAACCUUUCAUAUAUUUGCUUUAACGAAAGAUGGCUUAUAUUUGUAUAAUAUUGUAGUCAUGAUUCAUUUAUUUUGAACUCGUACGUUUGUGAUUUAGAUGCUAGUUGAAUGACAACUAAAAGCACUUUGAAGGAAAGAGAUUCUUGAGAUUACAUAAUAAUGUUGUUAGACAGUGAUGAUAUUAUUGGAAUAAAGUAAUAAUUCAAUGAUUUUAAAAAAGUGUUAAUACUAUGUGAAUAUAGUUGUAGAAAAAUAAAUUUUUGCAAAAAUAAUGAAAAAGAAAAAUUAAUAAAAAAGAAUCUAGGAGAAUCUGUGCUCGUUAAAGUCCUGAGGCUUAAGAUAAUGUGGCACUGAUGAGCCAAAUGAUGAAAUAUAUCAUUAUUUGUGAAAUUUACACAAAAGUAUAAAAACAAGAUGCUCGACAUUUCUCAUUGUAACGCAGGCGACAAGCAGAUCUUGUGAUUCCCCCUCUGAAAUGAUGCAUAACUUUUUUUUCGUGAGUUUAUGACUUUAUUCUUGAAAUAUAUUUACUUUACUGUUGAUGAUGUAAAAGAUGAACAGGUGUUUUACAUCUGUUGUUAAUCUGUACCUGUAUUGCUUUUUUGAAAGAUUUGCCUUAGUGCCUUCAAAGAAUAAAAAUCAUUCCUGGA